AUGUCUGGAAAGAACUAUACAAAAGUAUCAGAAUUUGUUCUUUUAGGAUUUGGAAACCUUCAUGGAUUCAAUGUUUUAUUCUUUGUAGUCUUCUUAAUCAUCUUUGUAUUCACUAUCACUGGAAAUCUUCUGAUCAUUGUAUUAGUAUCCAUCACCCCAGCCCUUCAGACACCCAUGUAUUAUUUCCUAAGUCAUCUGUCAUUUUCAGAUCUCUUGAUUUCAACCAACAUUCUUCCAAACAUACUAGGAAGUCUACUUUUUGGGAAGGAAAUAAUUACGUACUGUGGUUGCAUCACACAAUUUUAUUUUUUCAGCGCUUCAACUGUUACGGAAUGUUUCCUCCUCUCGAUCAUGUCCUAUGAUCGGUACUUGGCCAUCUGUAACCCUUUGAGAUAUUCCACUAUCAUGAGCAUGAUGUUUUGUGUCAAUCUUUCGGUUUGGCCAUGGCUGUUCAGUUUUACUUCUAACCUUUUAAUCGUUCUGCCUAUAUCAGAUUUUGACUUUUGUGCUGAUAAUGUCAUUGACCAUUUCUACUGUGACCUCUCCCCUCUUCAGAAGCUUUCUUGUUCGAACACCUUUUUGGUUGAGCUUGAAGUUCUUGUCUUUUCCUUGCCGAUAUUUAUUUUUCCAUGUGGUUUUAUCACGGUGACGUACAUCUACAUCUUCCAUACUAUAUUCAGCAUACUAUCCCCAACAGACAAACAGAAAGCAUUUUCAACCUGCAGUUCUCACCUUCUUGUAGUGGGGUUGUUUUACGGGACACUGAUAGCUAAAUACAUGAUACCCUCUAAAGGACACUCUUUGGUUAUCAAUAAGAUUUCAUCUGUACUUCACACUGUGUGUACACCUUUAUUUAAUCCCAUUAUAUAUAGUCUAAGGAACCAAGAUAUCAGGGGCUCAAUAAUGUCAGCUGUGACACAACCAGGUGGUGUUGCCCACCCUAGACUUGAUGAUGUCACUAGUCGAGCCUCUACAUCUCUCUGA